AGUUUUCGUGUUCUAUCCGGAUUUGGAACAUCCUGGUGGAGAGAAAAUGGCGAAGGUGAUAUAGAGGAGGUCGGGGAGGGAGCGAAGCCACGGGAAUCUUGGGGAGGAAUUUUCGUAAAUUUCUCGUCACGGGGGUUUCUCUGAGAUAUAUAAUACAUCAUGCCUCGACUGGGCCUUGGCUAUGAUAUGGACCAGUUCCUGGACCACUGUCGUAUGACAAAACCUCCAUAUGAAUGCCCGCAUGCAUCGUGUGGCAAGAUUUACCGCAGUCUUGCAGGCAUUCAGCACCACAUGAACACAUAUGACCAUGAGAAUCCUCCUCCAAAUGUGGUCACUCCAAAAUCAGCCCGGAAGAAAAACAUGAAGCGACCCCCAUCCCCUGUAGCAAGUCAGGAUCCAGAGCCACCUUCAAUACCAUACUCGCAUGACAUGAAAACUGUGGAGUUUGAGGUUGAUGGAAAAUUGACUCGGUUGUCUGUCUAUGACCCAAUAGAAAUUUUAUCAAAGCACGAUUUUCCAUUUUCUGAUCAGGAGGAUUACGAAGCCUCAAUGCCUCCGGUCGUAGAGGAGCCCCCACCUCAGGAGCAAGCACGCACACCAACUAUCAAACCCUUGCCCAAGACACCAACAUCUAAAACCUCCCUAUCAAAAACUCCAGUGCAGAAAACUCCUCUCCAGAAAACACCAAAAGCUCGUACAGGUGAUAAAGAUAGAGGGGUAGAUGUCCAACGGUACACGAUAGAAGAGAAAAAAAGCAACAAACUCCCAGAAGCAUCAUUUUCAGUCAUAGAGGAUUAUUACAAAAAUCUUCCUGAUGCUCCUCCACAACCAUCCAACUAUCAUAGGUUUAUAGAGAAAAGUCUUGAAGAAUUAGAUGAAGAAGUGGAGUACGACAUGGAUGAGGAAGACAGAGCAUGGCUGCAGAAAAUGAAUGAGAAGAGAGCCGUGGAUGAACUGCCACCUGUAGAAAUGGAGACCUUUGAAUUACUCAUGGAUCGUUUAGAAAAGGAAUCUUUCUUCCAGGCUCAGUCAACUGGCAGAGAUUCUGGUGUGCCAAUAGAUGAGGAUGCUGUAUGCUGUAUUUGUAUGGAUGGAGAGUGUCAAAACAGUAAUGUUAUCCUAUUCUGUGAUAUGUGCAACUUAGCAGUGCAUCAGGAGUGCUAUGGAGUUCCUUACAUCCCAGAGGGGCAGUGGCUGUGCAGGCGGUGCUUACAAUCUCCAUCACGGGCUGUGGACUGUGCUCUUUGUCCCAACAAGGGCGGAGCAUUUAAACAGACAGAUGAUGCUCGCUGGGCUCAUGUUGUUUGUGCCAUGUGGAUUCCUGAAGUUUGUUUUGCAAAUACUGUUUUCCUUGAACCAAUAGACAGUAUUGGUAAUAUACCUCCUGCUCGCUGGAAACUCACAUGCUACAUAUGCAAGCAGAGAGGAGUUGGUGCUUGUAUCCAGUGUAAUAAAGUAAACUGCUAUACAGCUUUUCAUGUGACCUGUGCUCAACAAGCAGGACUGCAUAUGAAGAUUGAUGCAGUAAGAGAGACUAGUGUGAAUGGCACAUCAGUCACAGUGCGUAAAGCAGCUUAUUGUGAUAUGCACACCCCAGCUGACUCAGAUGCGCGUCCUCAGCUCGAUGAGAUUAUGGACUCAGCUAAGAAAGCAGCAGCAAAAGCGGCAUCCCGACAGAAAAUGAAGAAAGCUCGUAAGAUUUUGGCUGAGAAACGUUCUGCUGCUCCAAUUGUUUCAGUUCCCACAAUACCAGCUGACCGUCCCAUCAUACUCCCUACCUAUUGUGGUGUUGUCAACUCUGUGCCCAUCAUACCCAGUGAAAAUAUUCAGAAAUUGGCAUCCCUGGUCAGUAUGCCCAAAAGGUCACAGUUCAUGCACCGCCUCUUAGCCUUCUGGACGUUGAAGCGGCAGUCGAGAAAUGGCGUCCCGUUGCUGAGACGGCUUACGACCUCACACUCCCGCCGUAGCAAUCGGUCACCUGAGGAGAAGAACACAGACUACAAGGAUAAGGAGAAAAUACUCAGUGAGGCAGAGAGGCGCAGAGAAGAAAUUAAGUAUUGGCAGAGGUUACGUCAGGAUCUGGAAAAAGCAAGGCUGCUCUGUGAACUAAUUAGAAAGAGGGAAAAAACCAAGAGAGAGCUAGUCAAGGCAAAAGCCGAGGAGAAGCAGGUGCAAUUGGCUCCUCUAGUGCAUCUACUACUACAGACCAUUGAUGUAAUUCAAGAGAAGGAUCAACAAAUGAUAUUUGCUGAACCAGUUGACUUUGAUGAGGUUCUUGACUAUCUUGAUGUGGUAAAACAUCCUAUGGAUCUCUCCACCAUGAGACAGAAGGCUGAGACACAUCAAUACCGCACAAUUGAUCAGUUUGCGAGUGACUUUGAGCUGAUGAUUGACAACUGUCUCACCUAUAAUGCAAAAGAAACCAUUUUCUAUAGAACAGCUGUCAAGUUACGGGACCAGGUAAACCGAGGUGGUGCUAUCAUUCGUCAACUCCGAAGAAAUGUUGAGAACAUUGGAUUUGAUAUGGAAACUGGGUUGCUACUACCACACCGACCCAAACCUUUGCCAGAGUACUCAGAUAAUAAGAUAAUCAAGGAAGUUGAUGAUGCCCUGGUUGCUGAUGGUGAUGAUUCGGCAAGUCUAGAAGAUCGAGAGAAAGCACUGCUUGAGCUCCUAGAUAAAGCAAACAUGAUUCGACAUCAUGUAGCGCGCAUUAAGCGUGUAAAACUUAUUAGACGAGAGAUUGGGAUAGUGCGCAGGAAACUGGCAAUGAAUAAUUCUGGAAAUAGUCAUUACAAGGCCAGUGUAACAUACUACGACAGUGAUGACGACAGUGAUAAGGAUGAUUCCGAUAUAGAUAAUAGCUCAGUCAUUGAUGACGAGGCCGAACCUGGCGAGCCAAGCAGGCCAAGCACACCACCUCCGCUGGCAGCAAAAAUGGUUAAUGUCCACCUGUCCCACACCCCUAAGACACCCUUGAGCAGUCGAAAGGUGUCUCUGUCGUCACCUAUGACCACUCCUGUGCAGCGAGGUCGUCAACGCAAGGCAGGGUUCAGAGGCACACCAAAGGAUGAUGGGAAACAGAAGCGCAUUGACUCCUUCUUCGAGCGAAUCAAUAAGAACUCUCAGAGAGAAUCAGAUCAUCCUGACCAUGCAGCCACACUUGCAGAUGAGAGUAAAGCAGCUAAACCAGAGAAAGAAGAUUCUGCUCAGGAGACUCCCAAGAAGCGAGGUCCUGGGCGCCCUCCUAAGCGACUCAGAACGCUGUCAGGUCCAUCUACAAGUCCCCCGGCCAAAAAGCAAGUAGAGAGUGACUCAACGGAGCCUGUGACGCCAACCAAAGAAAGCAGUGAAGAUGGGCCAGAGGAGGAGCCCCCCUCUGUACCUAGCUCUCCAUCUGGGGUGAAUCGCCGCACGUCAGUACUCUUUACAAAGAAAGCUGGGGCACUGUUUAAGAAGCCAGACAGUUCAUCUCCCCAGAAACGCAUAUCACGCCAACGUCGGGCAUCAGAGAGCACACAGGGCACUAAUAGUGAUGUUGAAAUUCAGUCACCAGAAAAGACACCAAAGUCGACAAACAAGAAAAAGGGACAUCUAAUGAAUACAGGGUUGACUAAUGGAGUAAGUGUUGACUCCGGUGUUAUUUGCCAUCAGAACACAAAGUCGGGCUCCUCCCUGUCCUUCCCUGAAAACAUCUCAAUCUUAGAUCUCUCAGACAGUGGGACACCUCCAUCCAAGGAUUCCUUCAAGAUGUAUCGACAGGGAGGAGAGAUACCCCCAGAGACCGAUGAGGAUACACACUCUGAAUCCAACUCCAGCAUGACGGACACAGAGGAUGACACUGCUUCAGACACGGAUUCAGAAGGUGUUGGUAGUGAGUCUGACUCUAGUGUGGCAGUUGAUUCACCUGGCUCAGGUCACACUGGAGAUCAGAUUCCUCUAGAACCUCUUGACCUUGUUUGGGCUAAGUGUCGGGGUUACCCUUGGUAUCCUGCUCUGAUUAUCAACCCCAAGAUGCCUAAAACAGGCUACUUCCACAAUGGUGUUCCAAUUCCAGUACCUCCAGAUGAUGUUUUAGCAUUGGCUAAUAAUUACCCUUCACCAAUGUACUUAGUGUUGUUCUUUGAUAAUAAACGCACUUGGCAAUGGCUGCCCCGUAAUAAGUUAGAGCCCCUUGGAGUGGACUCAACCUUGGAUAAGGCCAAACUUGUGGAAUCCCGUAAACCAGCUGAAAGGAAAGCUGUGAAGAAGGCGUAUGAAAAGGCCAUCUUACAUCGAUGCAGGGUGACUGGAGAAAACACAGGACUCAGUGGGGAAUCAGAGAAUGAGGAAGCAAGUUGAAGCAAGAAGGCUGUAAUUGUAUGUUGAUAUGAGUGUGUGGCUAUAUGCAUAUGGUAUGACUGUAUAUCUGCAAGUUUGUUGUGCACAUGUGCUUGUCAUUGAGUCUGCUGUAUGUAUCUGAGAUAAGGAGACAACUUGUAAAUAGGUUACUGAAGAAAAGAAAACCUUAUAUUUAAAACUAAACUGAGUCUUGUUCUACUCGGUGAAUUGGUGAGUAAGAAGUGAAGGAUUAGGAUAUGAAGAGUGACAUGUAUUUAAAGAGUAAUUGUACACAUUUGCAUUCUUCUUCCAAAUAAAUGAUAGAUGUUUAUAGAGUAGACUUAGUGCCAUUAUACAGUGUUGUUUAUAUAUGAUUAUUUAUUUUCACUUCAAUUAGAUCUUGAUAUCUCAGAUUACUAUAAAUCAGCAAUCAAAGGACAUUGUGACCAAUAAAACAGAGUUUCUUUAGACUAAUUUGUACCGUGUGAAAAUGGAAACACGUGGGUUACCAUUCCAGGACAAUAGCAGUUUUAGCAGAGAAGAAUAUAUUCAGUGUAUUGUUGCAUAUGGAGAUUGGUUAGUUAUAUUUCCGAUAAUGGUGUGUAUUAUAGAUCAUAGUUUUAAAUCACAGUAAUCACUAGUCAUUUAGAUUACGGUAACAGAAGAAUCAUCAUGGUUAACAUUUUAUUUUUGUGUGUGGAAAAAAGGAGAAAUUCCUUAAGUAGGGGAACAAGAAUGGUUAAGGAACACAGCUUUAUUUUAAAGACAGUAUCUUAAUAAACAAAGAGGGCGUAUCUAUCUUUAUGUAAAUUAUUAUUGUUGUAGGAAUAUACCUCUAACAUACAGUAGAGAUGACAGUACUGGAACAGUUGACAUGCCAUUCUAUAUUUGAUUUAUUUUUAGAUACUGUCUCAAGGAGAGGCAACAGUAGAUUAAGCUCAUUUUAGUAGCACCAAUAAUUUAGUCAUUACAUGUGAAGAAGUAACAGUUUAUUAUAGACAUGGUAUGGAUUUAUGAUACUGCCUUAGACUUGGUGUUAAGGAAUAUGUAGCUAGGAUAAACCUGUUAUGGAGUAAUUCAUUCAUUCCAUUAUAUUAUUAUGGCUAUGGCUUCUGAGAGAAAGUGGAAAGUAAGAAAGGCAACUCGUAGCUGUUACUGUCAAUCUGUGGAUAGAUUUUCUCUUGCGGUGCACUUCACGUUUGAAUGACUCAUUCCAAGUUUCACGCUUAUUUUUAUUCCUUCUGUUUUUUGCCUUUCAACAACUACUGGAGGAUCUCAACAUUUGUAUAUUUUUUAUGCUGUAUCAUUUCAUUUUUAGCUGCUUUUUGGUUGUGGAUGUUUAGUUGUUUUUUUUUUAAACAUAAUGAAUGAGUCUGAAUAAAUGAGAAAUUAUUGAUAGUCUUUAUAGUUCUUUAAAAUUGUUUUGUGAUGACUCAUACAAAAGUAAUUUUGGAUAUGAUUUGAUGGGAAUCACUUUCAUAUUUUCAACAUCAGAACAUUGUCAUUCUUAAGUAAAAAUGUAAGUGAAAUCUUGUAUUAUCUAAGAACUUCAGUGAUUUAUUUAUUAGUCAUAAUAGAAAAAUCAUGGUAAUUGCAUAACAAUUUACUAGUACAAAGGCAAUCAUUGAAUUGUUCAUCAUCAUUAGAAACAUGUUCAUUAAAUUAUUACCUAGUCACACCUGAUGUUGGGCGCUGUUUAUGGUAGGAGUUUCAUCCUGAUUCCUGCCAUUGUUAUUUGUAAUUUUAAUUAAUCUGAAAAACACACGUUAAAGGUACAUAUUGGAUCAUUUUCAUAAGCAGUGCCUUUUCAAGACCAUCGCCAUCAUCAUGCAAGUCAACCACAAGAGAAUUCUGGUUUGCAUUUUUCCUGAAAAGUCUCCCUUGUCAUUUUAUUAAAUAAGCAAUAACAAUGGGUAGAUCAAACCCUGUUAUUAUUUUAUUUUUGUCAUUGAUCAAUUAAUAUCUAUAUUUUAGGUGAAUGAUCAUUAUUUAAAUGUUUACUAACAGUAAUGUGGAUUUUCUUAAUAAUAAUGUUCAAUCUGGGUGCUGACACACAUGAGCAAAAUGUAUACCAUACAUUACAUGUUUAUAGGCAUCUAAGCCAGUGUGUACCUAGACCGAUAGAGUUGUUUAUUCUGAGAGGUGUUUUGUUUAUGUGAAGCUCAGGUUAUGGAUUGCUUUUUUUAAUGUAGAAAAUGUCUAAUAUUCAAAAUUGAAGAUCUGAAAGUAUGAAACAUUAAGAAGGAAAGAAUCUUAACUCCAAGAUUUUAAAAACAUUGGUAGUCUUGCAUUAUUAGUAGCAUAAUUCAGGACUUUGAAGGAAAUUUUUAAUAAUUGUGAUACUUAGUAAUAUGUUUGCUGUUUUUAAAAGUAUAUAUUAUUUUUGUAUACAUUUUGGUUUAUUUUUUAUUCAAAAUUACCUGCUUCAUGGUAUAAUUAAUCAGUCUCUUGGUUUGCAUUGUUUAGAUUAGUAAUGCUCAAAUAUUAUUAUAUAGCACAAAGUACAGAUAUUUCACUGCCCAACAUUGUUUAAAGUAUGAUAUAAAAGGUCAAGCAUAUACUGCGAUUAUGGGAUGGAGUAUUUUAAAAUGUGUUCAUUACAAGACAAAUUAAAUACCUCUUUAGGCUCUUUCUCGUUUGAACCUACCCAGUACAAGAUCAAGAUUUUUCAUUAUAUAAGAAGGAUCUUAAACAUUACCAUGCGUGUAAUGGGGAAAUGUUAAUUCAUUAACUAGUUUUUGCUUUGAUUUUAGUACACCAGCCUUGUAUGUAUUAUGAACCUUGCAAUAAUUGCAAUAAUCAUUUUUUAUUCAAGGGGAAAGGUUAAUUCGAAGCAGCCAUUAUUUGAAGGUAUUUCAAAUGAAAAUUAUUAGUCUUACAAUUAUGAAAGCAUCACACUGCCAGAGCCCUUGUAAUAUUGAUCAUUUCAGUUGUAUAUUUGCUGUUAUGUAAUAUAAAAUAUUUAACACUUGUCCAAAAGAAUAUACAAUUGAUGACAAAAGUUAAGAAGUUAUCAAUAUGCUUAAGAAAAAUCACAAUUUGCAAUAAGCAGCAUGCAAAUAGUUAUAUUUUGGUUAUUUUUUGUAUGAAGAAGUCAUGAGAAUUCCCGAACACCAUAACUUGAAGGGAGUGCAGUGUUUUGUAGUAGCUAUCGAUAUUACAAUGCGAACCUUAUUAGAAAAGGCUUAAGUAUCCUUCCAGAUUCUUGAUAUUGGGGAACCAUUUCUUUUUAUUCUAGACAUCCAGGUAUAUAGUUGUAUUGGCAAAGGUGAUCCAGCUUCUGCAACUGUCAUUGAUAUGUUCGGCUUUCAAGAUUUUAUCAUUUUUAGGAACCAUUUCAGUAAAUAUGCCUUAUGAUGUAUACGAUAUACAUGCAAGAAUACUGCUUCCAAAAUUAAGUUAAUGGUAUGAUAAUCAGAUUAAUUCUCAGAGUGAUUAUAAAUUGGUCAGUUGUAUUAGUGUAAGCAAAUGAAUAUUUUUGUAAGUUGGUGAUGACUUAGGUUGUAUGGUGUUAUUUUCUACAUCUGAGUGUUUUUUGCCUUAUUUUUUUACUUAUUUGGAUGUCAAGAAAACGAUACAUUUUAUUUUUAUUUUUUUGGAGUCUGAUUUUAGAAAUUUGGUUUAUUUUGAUAUUCAGCAUCUGUGUAUUUAUCCUUGCUUCUUAGACUGACCGCAUAUUUAUAAGGCUGCUUUUUUGAGAAUAUAUGUCCAUGAAAAUC